GCAGUCGCAGCACCCCGUCGAGAGAGGUACGCUCGCAUACGCUGUCCAUAUCCAUCUUCCUCCUCCUCCUCUCGAACUCCUCGAACUCGAGUCGGAGCAGCGCUUGCUGCUGCUGCGCACGGACCGGCACAUAAAGACGGAGCAGAGUACGAACAUCGCGUAUCGCUCGCCGGGACGCCCGAGUCGCUUGUGUACGUCGCCUGCGUCCUGCUCCAGAUCUGCUGCAUUAAGCGACACAUCCUCCAUCAUAUAUCCAUCAGCAUGAUGAUGCGUAGUUACAUGAAUUAUCUACAAAGGGCCUCGUGGCGUCGACAAGCGUUUUGA